AUGGCUCCGACGCUACGCUCCCGCACUCGGAUCGACUCUCUUCCGAACGAAGUUUUGGAAAAAGUAUUUGUGAAUUUGGACGACGCCUCUAAGUGCAAAGCUUCUCGUGUCUGUUCGAAAUGGCGCGAUGUCAUCUACGCUCGCCGGAAGAACGACGUCGUCUGCAUUCGCAACAUCGAGAAAGUUCGUCAGUGUGUUUCUUUUUUCGUGCGGAAUCACGUGCAAAAGUAUAAGUUGCGCUAUCGGAACCUUUCAAAACUGUACACCACCACCAACGUCAUGAGUCUGGACACUUGUGUGAAAAUAGUCCAUCUGGACUUGAGCGGUAGCACCUGUUUAAGUAAUUCUGCAGUCAAGGAGACUGUUGCCCCCCUGACUGCCUUAAAAUGGCUUUCUCUAGAUGGUUGUACUGGAAUCGGUUCGCAAGGCUUGAAGGACGUACUGAAAAACCUGGUGCAUCUGGAAUAUUUGAGUUUGAAGCACUCGAACAUCACGCUCGGUGUCCUGAUGGCUAUGCCGAAUGCGAAUUUACAACAUCUGGAUCUCAGUUACUGCCAGCUUUUGAACGGGUACGAAAUCUGUUAUCCCUCGCGUUUCUUUUUGAAUCUGAAGACUUUCAUCAUGGACGGAGUGCGGGCCGCAUCGGAGGCGCCCAUCGUAUUGGCGUUCAAGUAUUUGCCUCGGUUGGAGACUGUUUCUGCACGGAACUGCGAAUUUAUUAUGGGAAUCUUCGUGGACCCCUGCCCAGCCGGCUUCAAACUUUUGGACAUACGUGGAUGCGGUGGCGACCACGAAAAGGAUACUACGAUAUUCGAGAAGCUGAACUCUCGUCGUGAUGGAAGUGUCGUCGUGCGGUUUACGGAUAAGGAUGGGCGUGACGUCACCGUUCGGGUGUGA